CUGCGCGGCUCGCAAUCACCAUCCGGAGGAGAGAGAGAGAGGGCGAAAGAGCGACGGAGAGGAGAGAGAGACAGACGAAGACGCGGAGGUUUCAGAGAGUGAAGAGAGAGAGACAUUCACUACAUAGGUGCUAAGCAAGGAGGAAGGUUUAACCUAACCUGCAGAAAGCGUAGGGUUGGUCUUGGAUCCGCCGGGAUUCGCUUGUAUUAUUGGCGGCUGAGCUGAUUUUCUGGUAGAUCAAUACAUGACCGUAGAAGAAAUUGUUUUUUCCUGGAGAAUGGUAGACUCUUGAGGCCUGCUUGUGGUCGUUACAUAGAAGAAACCCGUAGAGAAAGUGUGAUCUUGAGUGUAGAGAGGGGAGGAGAGAUUGAGAGAAGGAUGGGGAGCCCAGGAUCAGGUGCGGCGGAUUGGACGGUGGGUUCGAUUGUGUGGGUCAGGAGGAGGAACGGCUCGUGGUGGCCAGGAAAGAUACUGGGACAGGAAGAUCUUGACUCUACGCAUAUCACGUCUCCACGAUCUGGAACUCCGGUGAAGCUCCUUGGGAGAGAAGAUGCAAGUGUGGAUUGGUACAAUUUAGAGAAGUCCAAGCGAGUCAAGCCAUUUCGGUGUGGCGAUUUUGAUGACUGCAUUGAGAGGGUAGAAUCUUCGCAAGGGUUGACAAUAAGAAAGAGAGAAAAGUAUGCUCGUAGAGAAGAUGCGAUUCUCCAUGCUCUUGAACUUGAAAAGGAAAUGCUGAAAAAGGAAGGGAAACUAAUCUCUGACAGGCCUAGGGAUAACUCUCCUGAUGCAACCAAGGAGAGAAUGGUUAUAUCUAAGGUCCAGGAUAUCUCCAAUGGAACACGAGAAUCCGCUGAUAGUCUACGGCUUAACCAUGUUGGCGAUGUUAUGCAUUUGCAAAAAGAUAGAGAGGUAGAUCAGCCAAGUUGUGAGGACGAGGCUGUGCCUCGAAUGAGAGGCUUGCAGGACUUUGGGCUAAGAACUACCUCGUCUAAGCGAAAGUUUUCAUGUCCCAAUGGUCCUGAUACUUCCUUAAAGUCUCUGGCUCGAAGCAACUCCUCAGCUUCUUCUAGUGGAGAUCAUAGCAUGGAGAGGCCCAGUUACACCCUCGGAAAGGAGAAGAGUAGGAGUACGAUGGAGGCUAAAAGGACUAAAUAUAUGUUCGCACCAAAUGAAACUAACGAUGUUUUAGACCUGCAUGAGAGUUUGCUAAGCCACAGGGAGGCAAUGCGUUCCUCGUUCGCUGGUGGCGAUUCUCGUUAUUCGCUUUCAGAAUAUGACCCUCCUGAGUUCUUGGAAGAUAUUGAUUCUGAGUCUUCUGAAUCUGAAACUGAUUCUUCUGAUAUGGAAGAGGAUACUGAUGAUGACAUUCCCUUGCUGUCAGGAACUGCGCGUCAUUCAGAGCAACACAAUACGUUUAGUAGACAUAUGUCAGCUGAAGAUGAAAGCACCAGCAGUGAGGAAGAUCGUUAUGAGUCAUCCAUUUCUGGCGACUCGUCUUACCUUUAUUCCCAAGAUCCUGAUAAUGAAGCUGGUACGGUUUCCAAGUGGCAGCUCAAGGGAAAAAGAAACAUGCGCAAUCUUCCAAGAAGGUCUGCACGUAAAAGAGAAAUGCACCGUAAUCGUCUUGAAGAUGGAAGAUAUUGUGAAUACAAGAGAAGGGCGUUUGGCCAAAAGCCUAUGGGUUAUGGAUUAGAUUUUAAUGGGACAAAUGAUAUGAGUGAUGGAACUGAUGACACUGAUCCCAACGAAAGGCAGUUCGGGGACAGAAUGAUUGGACCAGGUGAUGAUGAUUAUCAGCUCUCAACUAUGGUUGCAUCUGGAUGUAAGAACAUCUACAGCCAUGACAUGCUGGACUGGGAUGAUGAUCCUUGGGAAGGCCGGAAUGGUAUGAAGAAGCGAUGGGAUGAAAAGAUCGAAGGUUUUGGUCAGGAGUUUGAUGCUUAUCAUCGACGUUUUGGAAGAAAAACAUAUUCUCCAUUGAUGGAUGUGGAUUUAGAAGUGCGAGGAAGCUAUCAGAAAGGGCCUGUCCCAAUUGUCUCCCUUAUGAGUAAAUUAAAUGGCAGAGCAAUAAUUGGACAUCCAGUCGAAAUCGAAGUCUUAGCAGAUGGUUCCUCGGAGUCAUAUAUUCAGACAACUGAUUACUAUGGUAAUGAAACAACUUACCAUGACAAACCCUUUCUACUUCCCCCUGCUUGGAAGACUGCAAGAAGGAGUAAUUCACGAGUUCCACGGUUGCACCCAUUAUCAUCAUCUCUCGAAGCCGAUGCUGAGGAUCAUUCUCCGGCAGAUCAGGGACGAAAACCGCUGUUUAAGAAACUUGGUUCGGGAAACUUAUAUAAUGACGAUAACUCGGUGAGGAGAAGCAAUCUAAUGCGCAUCCCACGACCACCUGGAGAGAGAAAGCAGCAGCAAAAGAAGUUGCUGAAGAACACAAACGCAACCCCUAGUCAAAAGACAAGGGCACUAUCAUCAUUCAGCAGCGAACAAGCACACCACGGGAUGAAGGCGUUACGUGACCGGACUCACGAGCUCUCUAACAGACGGGUGAUACCGGGACCACCAACCGUGGCCUGCAUACCCGUCAAACUAGUAUUUAGCAGAUUACUGGAGAAGAUAAAUAGACCGCCAUCAAAGCCAACCGUGAAAGCCUUUAACGAGAGAAGAAGAGAUCAAUAACUAGAGGGCGGAAUUUAUAGGUAUAAAGCAUAUAACAAAUUCUUGUCUCUGGUUUUCCAUAGAUUGGGAAUCACGUUUAGGGCAUUCAAAAUUCUGGGAUGAUGGGUCUUUUUAAGCAACCAUCAGGCUUUCAUUAUGUGAUGACCCUGAGGGAAAGUUAGUCGUAGGGAGAACAGUUUACGUAGAGAGACUCUGGUUACUUUUUGGUACAGAUCAGGUGAAGAGGUAGAACAAUGUUACCACUGGUGCGUUUUGUAUGUAUAUUUUUCAUUCUCCAAAAAGCUCUCUGUCUCUUUGAUUUUUAGUUCCAAGUUUAGAUUGAUUAAUCUGAGAGUUUUUUUUUUUCCUUUUCGAUUUGCUGAAUCUUUGCUGGCUAAUUAAUUUACACAUUA